AUGGUCAACGAAUACAAGGCUGAUGCACUCGUCGAUACAGGAAGUUCAGCGUCUGCUUUGCUACCAUUACAAAAAAUAAAACCACUUACAUGCGUGACAACUUUCCCGUUGACACCUGAAGCGCUCAAGUGUUUUGAAGAACUCAAGCAAGAUAUCAAGGCAGCCGCUCUAGUAGUCAUUAAUGAUGAUGAAAUGUUUACAGUCGAAACAGACGCUUCGGAAUUCGCUUUAGGGGCUACUCUGACUCAACAUGGAAGACCAGUUGCCUUUUUCUCUCGGACAUUGAAUAACUCGGAAUGCAAACAAUCCUCAAUCGAAAAAGAGGCUUGUGCGAUAGUAGAGAGCCUAAAGAAAUGGAGACACUACCUGAUCGGCAGACAUUUUCUUCUUAUAACUGACCAACAAUCGGUGGCCUUCAUGUUCAAUCAAGAUCAUAACAGUAAAAUAAAAAAUGAGAAGAUCCAACGUUGGCGAUUAGAACUGUCUUGCUUCAAAUACGAUAUAGUUUAUAGACCAGGCACUGAAAACGCUGCUGCGGACGCUCUAUCUCGCGUAUGCGCUUACAUGAAUAUAAACAAGUUGAAAGAACUACAUAACGCACUCUGCCACCCGGGAGUAACUAGAAUGUAUCACUGGGUAAGAUCUAAAAACUUGCCUUACUCGGCUAAUGAUGUGAAGGAGAUGACCGCCUCGUGCCCUACCUGCGCCGAAAUAAAACCGAGGUUUCUAAAGGUCAAGGGUAAAUUGAUAAAAGCUACGUCGCCGUUUGAACGGAUCAACAUAGAUUUUAAAGGACCACUACCAUCUAAAACAGCCAACAAGUAUAUAAUUACAAUUAUUGAUGAGUACAGUCGAUUUCCUUUUGCUUACCCAUGCAAGGAUAUGACCUCAGCCACCGUCAUUACUUGCCUGAAAGAUCUUUUUCUAACAUUUGGCCAACCUCUCUACAUUCAUAGUGAUAGAGGGUCGUCAUUCAUCUCCGAAGAGUUCAAAUCAUUUCUAAGCCUUCGGUCAAAGGGAUUAUCGGUGGAAAAUUGGGAAGUAGUUCUGAAGGACGCAUUGCAUUGUGUCCGCUCCCUCCUGUGUACGGCAACAAACGCUACCCCGCACGAAAAACUUUUCACAUACCCGAGAAGAUCCCCGAACGGAGAUUCACUGCCAUCUUGGCUCACGCCGGGACCGAUCUUACUUAAAAAGAACGUCCGUUCUUCAAAAACGGACCCUCUUGUCGAGGAAGCCGAGCUCUUAGAGACCAAUCCCUACUACUCUCUCAUAAGACGGGAUAAAGGCGAAACCUCAACGGUAUCAAACCGUCAAUUGGCUCCUUUCCCCAGUAUCACUGAUAAUAGCAGCGACGAUAACUUUGAAAUUGCCUCCGAAGAUGAUAAUCUCAGGUUUCCAUCUGAAAAUAACUCCACACCUCCACCUGAAAAUAUCGCUCCUUCGUCACUGCCUCGUGUAGGAGAGCCGUCGACGUCUUCGCCAGUUCUUCGGACUGGACUCCCCAGGAGAUCUAAUAGGACGCGAAAAUUACCCUCCUACCUAGCGGACUUUGUGGUUGAUGGGAGUGAGAGUGAAAACUGA